AUGGGGUCUUCGCCAUCUCGCGUGCAGCCUGUUCCUUCCAGCAAGGGAUCUCCUCGCACUGCUGCCGUCAUCGAAGAUGUUGUUGACACCUUACAAGGGUUGUGGUGCGUUACGUUUGACGAGCGUGCGGCAUCCGAGACGUUCGAUCGAGAGCAGCAGGAGAUGCUCAGAUGCGUCGACCACUGCUGGGAAGUGAGCGAGAAGCUGGAGAAGGAGAGCGAUGAGUGGAGGAAGGAGGAGCUCAGGUUGCUUUUGGCCAAAGCAAGGGAGAAGAUGCGGUUCCUGAGGGCCAAGAGGAACUUUUCGAGUCUUGAAUUCACUCAUGCCCUCCCCUCGGGACGUCAGACGGUCAGCGAAACAAAGACCGCUGCUGGACCCCGCGACGACUCUCCACUGCUUCCUUUCAGGGCCGAGGGGCCGGUGGAGAAGGAAGAGAAAACCCAAGGGAGGAGAGGAGCAGAAGGAAAGGAGAAUUCACGAAACUCGCAAGCAGCGAGACAGCAGAGAGGGCAGGACAAAUGGUUGGCUGAGCAGACGAGGCAGAAUGAGGAGCGGAGGAGGCUCCUCGCCAAGUCUCUCUUGUACGACCCAAGUAGAUGGCGGGAUCGAGUUGUCUGCAAGCUUGCGCGAGAAAACGCGGAGAUGGAGGAAAUCAUUGCGAAUUACAGCGAUGCAGCUUCAACAGUCUGCACCAUCAGUCUAGAUAGGUGA